CCUCGUCCCCACCAUUUUCCAUGGAAAAAGAAACACAAGGUAAGUGUGUGUUUCGUGCAUUGGGUUGAUGAUAAUAAUUUACUAAUCUGUCGACCCAGGUUAUGGGCAUCCAAUAGCCCCAUAGUUCCCUCAUUUCAUUGUCCAGCAGCUUUUACCCUCAAAACACUCUCUUUUGUCCUUUUCUUUCUAACUUCACUCAUUAUCAAAUCCCAACAACACUCCCCUUCCUAAACUCCUCACUCACUUCACUUCACUUCACUUGUAACAACAACAAACCACCAUAUUCACAUCUCACACACAUUUCUCUCCAUCCAACACUAAAAAAAAACCAAGCAACAACUAACUAGGUUAGUCACCACCUAAGACAAACAAAAAAAAAUAACAAGCUUAGUAGUUUACAUUACACACAUGGAUCUAUUAUCCUCAACUUACAUCACUCUCUUUACUCUUCUUUUCUUCACUCCCAAAGGUAUCACUGGUUCAACCUUCACAUUUGUGAACAAAUGUGACUACACAGUAUGGCCAGGUAUUCUAGCAAAUGCUGGUAGCCCAACACUUGGAAGCACCGGUUUCGAGCUUCCACAAGAAACCACUCGCACUUUUCAAGCUCCAGCCGGUUGGUCUGGCCGGUUCUGGGCUCGAACCGGUUGCAACUUCGACGGAUCCGGCACCGGUUCAUGUCUCACCGGAGACUGUGGCUCAAACAUGGUAGAAUGCAACGGUGCCGGAGCUGCACCUCCAGCAACCCUAGCAGAGUUCACUCUUGGAACUAUAGGACAAGAUUUCUACGACGUGAGUCUCGUCGACGGUUACAAUCUUCCGAUGAUAGUUGAAGGCUCCGGUGGGUCGGGUAUGUGUGAGUCCACCGGGUGUACUUCCGAUCUGAACCAGCAAUGUCCAGCGGAGUUGAGAGCUUCAGAUGGAAGCGCGUGUAAGAGCGCGUGUGAGGCUUUUGGUAGUCCUGAGUAUUGUUGUAGUGGCGCGUAUGGUUCACCGGCGACUUGUAGACCGUCGAUUUACUCGGAAAUGUUUAAAAAUGCUUGCCCUAGAUCGUAUAGCUACGCUUAUGAUGAUGCUUCGAGUACUUUUACUUGUACUGCUGCGGAUUAUACCGUUACCUUUUGUCCAUCUUCUCCAAGUAAAAAAUCAUCACAAUAUCCAACUACUCCAAUGACCUCAGGAGCAGGGACAGUGAUAGGGACUCCUGAGGUUGGAACAGGAUCUGAAAAUGGAGUUCAAUACACGGGUACAGACACACCCAUUGGGUAUUCAGUUCCCGUUAAUUCCGGGUCCGGAUCAGUAUCUAAUUCAGGAUCAGGAGGAGAAACCAUGCUUGCAGAUGGAUCAUAUUUAGCUGGAUUAGCCAUGGGAGACUCCUCUACAACAACUUCAUCUGCAUUUGUUUACUCUUUUGGCUUUUUUCUCGUUUUCUUCUUGCUUUAGUAUUUUUAGCUAGUUGUAGUUGUAGCACUGUUUUCAUGGUAUUUUGGUUUGUUAAAUGAAAUGUAAAUGGGUACUUAGAUUUUCGGGUUUUUUGGGUUAUGAGACUUGUUGUUCACUAAAGCUGGCAGAUUCGUCCUCCUUAUUGUAAACCACCCACCCUUAAGAUUCGUUGGGAAAAUUAUUCCGUCUUUUAUUCGUUAAAGGUUUGUGUUUUGUUUUAUUAGUAUUAAUCUUGGGAGUAUUUAUCUCCCCCAUCAA